CCAUUCUUGAAUCGAAGUUGUUUGUCCCCUCUGCCCCCCUGUAGCUUACUUGGUGACACAGAGACUUCUCCCUGAGGAGCCAAGAAGCAGACGGCUCAUGACUUCUGACCAGGACACGAAAGUUGUAGCUGAACCACAGGUGCAGCAAGUACAAGAGGCAAAGGACAACUCUCAUUUGGAAUCCGCCAAGGUUUCAGACCUCAACCCCAAUGCGAAAGCAUGGGCCAACCACAUGUUUAGCCUGGACCCCAGCGGGAGUGCUGACACCACAACUGCUGCCCUGCAGCCAUGGAAGGAAGGCUGCGAUAGUUCGGCCGACCCCGGCCCAGAAGGCUAUGAAGCCAGUGAAGACAAGGCUUACAAGGAGCCCCUACUAACCGACCCAGAUGAGCCUCCACCGGUGCCAGUGAUGCUGGCCGAGCCGGCCCCCGUGGCCUCCGUCACCCUGGAGUGCUCCGAACCCGCCUACACAGAGUUCCCCGAGCCCGGGCAGCCAGGGCGCACAGGGAGAAUCUGGCCAGUGACAUGUACCUCAUCUCCCAGAUGGACAGCGACCAAUAUGUGCCAAUUGUGACGGUGGCCAACUUGGACCACGUCAAAAAGCUCAGCACCGACGUGGAGCUGAUCGUGGACAUUUUACGAUCUCUGCCGUUGGUCCAAGUGGACGAGAAGGGGGAGAAGGUGCGACCCAAUCAGAACCGCUGCAUCGUGAUCCUCAGAGAGGUUCCCGAGAGCACGCCCAUAGAGGAAGUCGAAGCUCUUUUUAAAGGCGACAACUUACCCAAGUUCAUCAACUGUGAAUUUGCCUACAACGACAACUGGUUCAUCACCUUUGAAUCAGAAGCAGAUGCACAGCAGGCAUAUCAGUAUCUGCGUGAGGAGGUGAAGACCUUCCAAGGGAAGCCUAUUAAGGCGAGGAUAAAGGCGAAGGCAAUCGCUAUCAACACUUUCAUGCCAAAGAACGGUUACCGGCCGGUGGAGGUGAACCCGUACGCGCAGCAGCAGCAGCGCUACACGUCCUACUACAUCCCGCCGGUUUACAGCCCCCAGCAGCAGUUCCCCUUAUACAGCCUCAUCACGCCGCAGGCCUGGUCCACCACACACAGCUUCAUCGACCCCACGCUGGUCGCACCGUUUCACAACAACCAGUUCAUCAAUGGAUUUACCACCUCGCACAGUUUCAAACCAGCGACGUCCCCACUCACCGUCAGACACUACUCACCCAGGAACAGGAAUCACAGUAAACCUCACUUGAGGCCGACGAUCCCGACAGCGGACCGCAGCGCCGGGCUUCUGGACAACCCGAGCCUCUUCCCGAGCUUCCCCAGCGAGAGGCUCAACGGGGUCCGCAGCAGUCCGCCGACGCGACUCCCCACCAGCCAGCCCCGAACCAGGUUACCUUCCACCUCCGCCUUCCCGCGCAGAGACACCGUGGGCACGGGGCGAGUAACCGAGCCCUCGACCACAGACUACUCUCUGGGUAUCGGCAGAGGAAGGAAAAAGAGGGACGAAAAGUUUACAAGAGUGACGCCUCAGUCGCCGCCUCCGCCUCCCAAACCCCCGUCUCCGAGCUUCGAGCUGGGUCUCUCCAGCUUCCCUCCCCUCCCCGGAGCAGCCGGCCAGCUCAAGACCGACGACGUGUUCGACAACCGGCUGGCCAGCAGCGUCGUCGUCGGGACCGCCAAGGAACGGAAUGUAAGUGCUGACUCCAGUACCGGAGGAGCUCUCUCUCCAGCGGGCCCCAAAGAGCCUCUUCGGUCCUCCGCCUCCCCGAUGCCCACAAGCUUCCAGCCCUCGCCGACGACCCCGACGACCCCGGCCUCGGCCCCGCCCCCGACCGCCGGCCCGCCGCACAGUCCCGCGCCCUCCCUCCCAGCAGCGGAGGCGAAGGUGACGGAGGUGAAGCCGAAGGAGGUGCAGUUGUCUGUGGAGCGAGUUCCCGGCACUUUGUCCACUGCAAGCAAAUCAGUGCAAGUCAACGGUGCUGCCACAGAGCUGAGGAAGCCCUCCUACGCCGAGAUCUGCCAGCGGGUGAAGGACGCCCCGACAUUACAGCAACCGCCGACUCCCAAGGAAGCCAAGCCAGCCUGCGGCGCCCCCGCAGGCGAGGAGAGGAAGUGCCCCGACGCCGCUGCCGCCGCCGCCAUCCCGCCAGGGGAGGCCGGCCAAGGCCAGAGAGCAACCACUCCUCAACCCGGCUCGCACGCCGGGAGACGCGAGGGACGGCCCGACAAGCCGGCCGGCCGUGGGGUCCCGCCACACAGGGGGGGAAAACCAGCAAAGAUCCCCACACACCCGCCAUCCCCGGCAUAA